AUGUCCAACUGCGAUGCGUUUCCAUUCUUUAGCCUGCCCUACGAUUUACGGUUGGAAGUACUGAGCAAGUUAGCCGUACGAGACCUACUCAACGCUCGCCUUGCCUGUUCUACUAUGAAUGAACUCAUCGAAGGUCAUCGUUUUUCGUUCCCACCGAGGUUGUUCGAUGAGGUUGAACUACAUCCGCCAUGCCAGGAAGCCAACGGCAAAACGCAUAUGGUGUACAAUGAAGAGCAGUUUGUGAAACUUUUCAAAAACGGUGAAAUUGGCGGCCUAACUAUCUCAUUCCUCGAAAUUACCUCUUCGUUCCUGUAUUCACUAGAACGUGCAGUGCGACGGAAUAGAAUACGAGUCCAACGACUGAGCCUCUCCCAAUGCCAAAUCUCCAUCGAUGCUACCUCGUUCGCUCACCUCGUCGAAGUGAUGGAUGCAUUUGAGCUCUCCAUUGUACAUUCGAUUGCUGUUGAAGAAACGUUCUCUAGUGAGCUGGCUGCUCAUCCAACUAUCAGGAAGUUGGACCGAUUCGGAAUGUUACUGCCUGCUAACGUAUCCGACAACUACCUAUUAGAAUCACGCAACGAAUGGCUAGCCGUCGUAGGCACCAACAUCACUACUGCCGCCAUCAAGCAGUUCGUAGAGGAUUGGGUAGAAUGCAGACGAUCAUUCGAGUACAUCGCCCUGGAACUACCGACGGAAAUCGAUGCUGACGAUAUCCUGGGAAACGUUGAAUGCGAGUACGUCGAAGGAAACUGGUCCAUUCGGAACAAACGCGGUGAGAUUCGAACCGUUGGCGUAUGCGAAAAAUGUAUCCAGAUAUUUAGCGAUGAUGCUAUGAUGAUUAUAGAGCACAAUCUCCAAGAGCUCAGUUGA